GGCUCUAAGUCUGGAAGUGUGCGCACAGAGGUGGGGCUGCCCCGCUGUCACCGCACUGGCUCCGCACUGGCUCCGCACUGGCUCCGCACUGGCUCCGCACUGGCUCCGCACUGGCUCCGCACUGGCUCCGCACUGGCUCGUGUUAUUGUAACGGUCCAUCACGCAGUAGUAGUGUCGCGUGUCUCUUUAAAUGCGGUGGCUGCGUAGAUCCUUCAUGAAUGAAACCAUGUGAUCCAAACAUCAUUUGACGUCUGGCGCCUCCGACCAUAAAGGAGUGGAUCUAUCUAUGAGGACCCGCGAGAAGGCGUGAGCGGAAAAAAAAAAAAGCAGAGGAGAGGAGAAAAACAAACAAACGCGCACAACCCCGACACACUUGUCCGACCGUCUCUCCUCCGCGCCGGGUCGACCAGCCGCGGGCGCGAACACCCAAAACCCCGAAGGCGCGGCGGGCGACGGGCGCCGGUUUGACUUCUGGUCUGUUCAGAAGAGCAAGGCUGUAGUGGCAUGACGACGACUAACAAAGGAAAUAAAGCCUUGAAGGUGAAGCGUGAGCCGGGGGAGAAUGGCACCAGCCUCACAGACGACGAGCUGGUGACCAUGUCAGUGCGGGAGCUGAACCAGCACCUCCGGGGGCUCACCAAAGAAGAGAUCCUGCAGCUGAAGCAGCGGCGGCGCACCCUGAAGAACCGGGGCUACGCCGCCAGCUGCCGGGUGAAGCGAGUCACCCAGAAGGAGGAGCUGGAGAAGCAGAAGGCAAAGCUGCAGCAGGAGGUGGACAAAUUGGCCAAUGAGAACGCCUCAAUGCGCGUGGAGCUGGACGCUCUGAGGUCUAAGUACGAGGCUUUACAGACCUUCGCGAGGACUGUGUCACGGAGCCCCACUGUCGGGGUCGGCGUCAGGGCUGGAGGGGGCGGAGGAGGUGUGGCAUCAUCGGUCAUCGGUCCGCUAAUACCAGGGAAGGUGGCAACGGCGACGAGUGUGAUCACAAUAGUGAAGUCAAAAACAGACGCCCGGUCUUGAGGUAGGGACAGAUAGAUGAGGGAGUGUCACGGUGGAGUUCAGCUGCAUCAGAGUAAUUCUUCCUCUCUGCCAUCCCCCUCUCCUCCACCUGCAUUGACUUCAAAACAGCUGGGCAAUCUCGAUCACUUUGCCCCAGCACGUUCCAGUCACUCGUCUCAGAUCAGUGCAGAUGAAGGAAAGGAGGGAGGCAGGGGACAGCUAUCGAGACAGUAAAGAUGCAAGGCCCCUUGGUCAGCGCAUGAUCAUUUAGCACAGUACAGAUAAGACAAGGUUCUAUGGUCACUGAAUGCCUGGUGAAGUCAGGGAAUCUGAGAAUUUGUUUAUUCCCCACAAAAAGAAGAAAUUAACAUAAAUCAUGCAUUUUUCUUUAGUUGCCAUUUAAACCAGAAAAAUGUUCAGUGUCAGGUUUUACUGCCAGUAGAUCUCGAUAUCUGUGAAUGCAAAAUAAUCCUGUCACACAUUUGCUUUAACCAAGAUGUGCAAGAUUUCAAUCAGCGGCACAAACAAACACAUUCAAUCUAAAAGGUACAUUGCAUAUGGUCCCCGAGCUCCAAAAGAACACACGCGAUUUCACGAGACCCGAUGAUUUCAGUGGCCGCAGAAAAGUCCCAUCUUGCUCUACCUAGCCAAGAACUUUUUCAGAAAAGUACUAUAGAAAAAUAUAUAUAUUACACAAUGGUGGUAAUUGUAUUUCUACUGUUUUGUACCGUGUUGUCAUUCACAUGAGGUCCAAAGUGUAUUCUCUGUGUGAAUUGUUAUAUAUCAGGAAUUCUGUGAAAUUCUGUGGCGCGUGAUCGUUUUGGUAUUGCUAUAUUUAGUUUGCUGUAUUUGUUUUCUAUGAUCUCCUCACUUUCGAUGUGCGACUCUCUUUCUGUCAUUUCUCUGUCCUUCCAUUCUAUUUUUCAAUUCCAACUGGCUUCCAUUAUUACAUACAUUACUUCCUGGAUUUAACAGAAAGAGUAGUGAAAGACAAUAGAUAUUUACCCCCCCUCAAAAAAAAGCAACACACUGUAGAAAAAAACAGAUAAAGGUACUGGAAGUCACUAUUAUUAUCUCGGUUUUCAGGGAAAGGGUUGUUUAACUUGAGCUAGAUUAAGAUAAAGUUGUCCUCUGUCUGUUUGAGUUCCUCUCAGAAGUGUAUAUUUGAACACUUGGAAAGGGCAAGUGCCUUGGUCUCCUGGUGAUAUGCAUCAAGAAGAAGUCAAGAGGACAUGAGACACGGUGGAGGGACGGUGGAGAUUGAGUGGAGGUGUCUGCGUAUACGUGUGCUUGUUGGGACACAUUGACCAAUCAGGACUCAUUUAACAUUGAGCAUCUGACUCUUACUGUGCGUUGUUGUAUGAGCAGUGUAAUAGCCAUCAGGAUUAUUAUUAUUAAUAAUAAUAAUAAUGAUAAUAAUAAUAAUAGUAAUAACACUCAUUUAUGUGACUUGGAGACAACUUAAAGACAAAAAUGAAAGAGUCUGAAAAACAGGAGCCCAUACUUAUCUACAUUUUCUUGCACAGAAUAUGCUUUUUUGGAAAGGUAAUAUUCUUAUUUGAGUCCCUGUACCUGUAUUAUGAAAUCAAGGUUAUUACACCUACAGCGAUUUUUUCGCUUGAAAAACGGUUUUACGCUGCAUCCCUCUCGCUUUUAACCACAAAGCUCCAUUUUGCAACGGAAAAAGGGGUUACUGACGGUGCAGCAAGGAUAAAAAAAAAGAAGGUGUUUCUCUGAAUUUCCAGUCACACAAAUGGGCUGUCAUUUCACACAAGCUUUACCAUAAAAAUAAUAGUCUGACGUGGUGUUCUAUACUCAAACAAUCUUUGUCUAUGUAUGGUGGAGCCUGGAGUUUUAUAAAGACAAUUAUCUUUGCAAUGUUUGUAACGACCUGUAAAAAAAGAAAAGAAAAAAAAAAGGAUCGCGAAAUCUGUUUGAUAUACAGUAUCUCUAUUUUGCAAUUGUACCAAAAGUGGCUUAACUACUGAAUAGCUUUGUUUUCUCUCUAGUGACUAGGCACGUGUGUGUAACCAUGAGCUAGUGUGUGGUGUGCUGUGUAGGUACGUGACGAGGUAACUAUAAUGUUCGCUGUUUCUUGGAUAUGACUUAAAUCCUUGUUUGAUUUCGGGGCCGAAGCGGGUGAUGACACCGUUGGUAACUGCACUCUUUCUCUAAUCAUGGAAAUCAAAAUUGUCCUCCCGGCCCCGUUACUCAGCUCCAGCACUGCAGUCGUGUUUCAUCAUUUGUUCAUCUGCUCGUAGUCUGAAGCUGUUAUUUGUACAUUUUACAAAGUUUUUUGUUUUCUCGUCAGACUCAUUCUCUGUAUUUCCGGACAAGCCAGCGAGUGCUAUGGUCGACCUCACGAGCUUCAUAAAACGUCAAACGUAACAAUGGGCCUGUGUAUCCUCCCUUCUCUUUCAGUAAGUUGGGUUUUUUUUUGUAGUAUGUGAUCAAGGUAUUUGUUUUUGCAGUGUACAUUUUAUCUAUAUAAAUAUAAUGUUGUUCUUGUUUUGUUUGCUUUUGGACUGUUGUUCUGUCAGUGUCAGGGAAGUGAAUUAUUAACAUUUGUUAUUAUAUUAGGUGUUUUAUGAAGUGAAGAAAAUCUAUUCCUCUAUUUAAAGACUUACCUGUCAAAGAGUGAGGUUAGGCGGUUAAGUACAAUGGCCUCAAACUGUUUUUUUAACUAAUGGAAACCAGAUUUAAAUUGAGUCAUAUGCUGAACUAGAAGCUAUUUACAAUGGAAGAAAAAAAAUCACAUUACAUCCAUGCAGCCUUUUACUCGAGCCGCCACUUUUCCACUGUGAAGAAAAAGGAUUAUCGAGCCUACUGCUGUGCAGUUAUUAAGAUUAGUUAGUUGUGUCCUCAUCUGUACAGUACAUUAAUAUGAAAUAGGAUUCAAACAGGUGAACACCGAACAAAGGGAAGGGAAUGGGUUUGAGAUUUUUUUUAAAUAUUAUUUCUCCAUAAUCUUACCGCUGAUAACCAUUCUCAUGUUCGGUCAAGCGGGAAACCAGAGAACUACAAAUGUCAAAUGAAAAUGUCCCACACAUUCUUUUAAAUGUCUUAUCACAGGAAUGUAGAGUGGGUGUCACGCCCGUUGUGUUCAUGUUUUUCUUUAUAUUUAAAAAAAGAAAUUGGCCCUGUUUUUAAUUUCAAAAAGCUAUUAUUUAAUUUUAUACUGGAUUUUUUUUUUCUGAUAUUCUUUAUUUCUCUCACUCAGCGUUGCUUCCUGUCGGGCUUUACAUUUGCUUGUUGAAUGAUGUUCUUCAGUUCUUUUACAAGACAGGUGUAUGCGGUCAAGAGGUUCACAAUAGAAAGAAGCGCAUUGUGCUAAGAUUACAUUUAACCUGGCACUUGUCAAACUGUAUGUACUGUAUGUACCACUGGCACUCGAUAUGUUUACACCCACUGUAUUUUUUAAUGUCUCCCUAUUUAAAAAAAAAAAAGGAUGUGAACUGUGUAAAUGUGUGUCAAAAUGGUGGCUGCUGUUAAAUAGACAUCUCUCAUUAAGCAAACUGUGUAGAGCAGAAUGAGAACUCCUGCCACACAGGAGCAGGGAUGCUAUCGUAGUCCUUGUGUCGAGCUGUCUGUUUUAUAAUCGCAGGUACAGUGUGAUGUGACAAGGUUAAAAAGCUUAUAUACAGAGUGUUUAGCAUUUUAUACUUGGUUAUAAAUACCAGCGCCAGCUUGUCUCUUUUAAAUCUUGCUUAUGUGUUGUGGCUUACCUUGCUUUUUGCCCCCUGUGUCUCUAAACAGUCAACUGUGAAAACAUGAAAUCAUCAAAAAAUAAAUGUUUUGCCAACUGAGAAGAAAACAGGAUGCAAAGAUAUACUGGAGCUGUCAUGCAAUGUCUCCAGCCAGACUUAAUAAUAUCAUCAUUUUUGUCUUCCAGAUCUAAAUAUCUUGUUGUUUUAGCGUUUCUCUGGUGUGAAGCAGUGUGUCGGGUCCCUUAACAAAUGAAGUGAAUUACUGCGGAAGUUAAAUCCUAUUUUUCACUGCGCAGACAUGAUGAGGGGACAGCUGGGACACGUAGUGAUCAUCAGACAGGGCAGCCUGGUGCUCUUCACAACAGAGUUUAUGAGCUUGUGAGACACGCUGAUAAGAGCGUAUUUAUUUAUUUUUUCGCUGCCUGUACAGAGGUCAUACCCUCCUUAUGAAGAGACCAUUUCAUCACAAACCCAGGCAUCCACUCCUGAACUGCGUCCAUAAAUAUUUUACAGAGGCAGAGAGGAGUGGUGGAGAAACAUCUGAUAAAACUCUUACCCGUUUCCCACCCCACUUAUCCUAUCCUAUCCUUACAAAAUGCCUGCGAGUGAACUCAGCAGGUCCUCCCUCAAAACAUUCGAUUCAUCUGGCGGAUGCAAAUCAUUAACUCCUUAUCUUGCCUUGUGUCCAAUGAGUAAGAAGUCCCUCGGUUGUUUUCCUGAGCAGUGAAUCACACCACUGGACCCUUGAAUUCCUUUAACUCACCUACGAUGCAGGUCAUUGGGAGUGAAUGAAGCAGGGAUUCCUCUGAUCGUUUUUCUUGAAAAGAAUAAUAGUGUUUUGAUUUGUCACCCCCUUCUGCUGUGCUCUGUUACUCUCUGCUCCUUCCAUCAACAGUUGUCUUUAACCUCUAACAUGAAAUCUUAGCUAUCUCAUCACAGAUAUAUUUAGUUGUUGUUGGUAAUAGUCUCCCUGUCUGAUUUCACUUUUCCGCCGUCAAACAACAUGUGUCUGUUGGUGAGCAUUUGGCCGGUUGCUCUGGGGAGCUGGGAUGGAGAUAUAUAUAUAUAUAUCUAUAUAUAGAUAUAUAUAUAUAGAUAUCUACAUAUAGAUAUUUUUUUUUCUAAAUUAAUAUAACGGUAAAUUUAAAGCUAUAGAAAAGUGGUGAUUUUGUGUGAAUAUGGCAUUGCCUAUUCAAAAAAGCCCUUGUAUUAGGAAAAUCUGUGUUUUGAUAUAAUUCUGUAUGGGGUGUAAUAAAUGAUUCUGCUGCAGUACUUUCUAUGGGAAAAUACUUAAAAUGUGACAGUCUUUGUAAGCAUUUAUCUUCAACUAAAUUAUUGUACUUUUCUUUUUUUAAUCUGUAAAUACGUAAGUGAUGAUGACGAGGUACUGGUAAUCCUGAAAUUAACUGUUUCAUCAUCGGUCUGAGGCAUCUUUUAAUUUAUUGAUGUAUAUACUGUAUGUUUGUUGAUAAACAGCUUACUUUAUUUUGUAUAUGACCAAUAAACAUGUUUUAAAAUGGAA